AUGGCGAGGCUCCGUCUGUCCAGCACCACCGUCGCGGGGCUCCUGGCGCUGCAAAGCGGCCUCCUGCUGUUCCUGUACGCUCAGCGCGGGGGCUUCGCGUGGCAGUCUGCGAAGGCGCCGGCCCAGACGCACGUGCUCAUCCUCUCGUCCUGGAGGUCGGGCUCUUCCCUGGUGGGCCAGCUCUUCAGCCAGCAUCCCGACGUCUUCUACCUGAUGGAGCCGGCCUGGCACGUGUGGGUCACCAUGUCCCAAAACAGCGCCAAGGUGCUGCACAUGGCGGUACGAGACCUCGUCCGGUCCGUCUUCCGGUGCGACAUGUCCGUCUUUGACGCCUACAUGCCUUGGAAGAGAAACUUGUCGGAUCUCUUCCAGUGGGCCGUGAGCCGGGCCCUGUGCACCCAUCCUGCUUGCGAGUACUUCCAGCGCACGGACAUCACCAGCGAGAGCGCCUGCAAGACCCUCUGUGGCAAGUACCCGUUCGGCAAGGCGGAAGAGGCCUGCCACACCUACAGCCACGUGGUCCUGAAGGAGGUCCGGUUCUUUGACUUGAGGGUGUUGUAUCCUCUGCUCACGGACCCCUCCUUGAAUCUCAAAAUCAUCCAUUUGGUUCGUGACCCCAGGGCGGUCGUGAAAUCCCGGGAACAGUCGGUCAAAGCGCUUGCCCGUGACAAUGGGAUUGUGUUGAGCACAAACGGCACAAAAGUGGAUGAUACUCAGUACAAAGUCCUGCAGGAAAUCUGUAGAAGCCACGUUAAUAUUUACGAAACGGCUACUCUGAAACCUCCAAGCUUUCUCAAAGAUCGUUACUUAUUAAUCCGAUUUGAAGAUCUUGUGAGGGAUCCCUUACCAGAAAUUACAGCAAUGUAUAAAUUUGCAAAUCUUCGGUUGACCCCCAAGCUUGAGAGCUGGAUCUACAAUAUAACGCAUGGGCAAGGACCGAGUAAAAGGAAGGAAGCCUUCCAAAUCACCUCUCGAGAUGCAGUCAAUGUCUCCCAGGCAUGGAGAAAUGUUCUUUCUUUUCCGAAGGUUCAGAGAGUCCAAGAAGUUUGCAAGGGGGCUAUAAAUAUACUAGGCUAUCAGCUUGUGGAUUCUGAGAGGGAGCAAAAAGACUUAUCUUUGGAUUUAGUGUUGCCACAUCGGAGAAGCCAAUUCAGUUGGGCAUCAUUUAGUCAAAACUAA